GGAGCACGGCAGGGAAAGAAGAGCGCCCGGGAUCCUCGGGCUGCGAUGCUGCGUGCCAGUGGCAGCAGAGAGGGAUGCAUGAGCCUUUGUAGGGAGGGCAGCGCCGAGCGGAGCCGCUGCCGAGGAGCUGAGCAGGCCCCUGGUGCUGAUGUUGUCAUCUGUGUCUCUGUUGUGUAUUAUUUCCAGCUGAUUGGUAAAGAUGGAAAGAGGAAGAGGAGGAGGAGGAGGAAGGAACCUGGGAGGCUCUGGCCUGCACAGGAACAUUUAUUCCCAGUCUCAACAGCAGUACCACUACCCGGCCUCCUCCCAGGGGAGCUGCAUGGAGAUCCAGGAGCUGGCCUCCAAGAGGGUGGACAUCCAGAAGAAGCGGUUUUAUCUGGAUGUGAAACAGAGCUCCCGCGGCCGCUUCCUGAAGAUUGCCGAGGUCUGGAUAGGAAGGGGCAGACAGGACAACAUCAGGAAGAGCAAGCUGACCCUCUCCUUGUCCGUGGCUGCCGAGCUGAAGGACUGCCUGGGAGACUUCAUCGAGCACUACGCGCACCUGGGCCUGAAGGGCGGCCACGGCCACCGGCACGAGCACAGCAAUGACAAGGAGCAGCAUCCCCGGAGGCGGCCGCAGCACCCGCCGCCUUCGCCCCCCGUGUCCGUGGGCUCCGAAGAGCCGCCUCACAGCGUCCUCAAAACGGAGUACAUCGAGAGGGACAACAGGAAGUACUACCUGGACCUGAAGGAGAACCAGCGCGGGCGCUUCUUGCGGAUUAGGCAGACCAUGAGCAGGGGACCUGGCAUGAUGGGUUACUUUGGCCACAGCUUGGGACAGGAGCAGACGAUCGUCCUCCCGGCGCAAGGGAUGAUCGAGUUCAGGGAUGCUUUGGUCCAGCUGAUUGAAGAAUACGGCGAAGGGGACAUAGAGGAUCGCCGGGGGGGAGGCGACGAGCCCCCGGAGCUCCCCGAGGGCACCUCCUUCCGAGUGGACAACAAGCGCUUCUACUUCGACGUGGGAUCCAACAGGUACGGCAUCUUCCUGAAGGUUGCUCUUUCAGGUCCCUUUUCAAACCUGGAAGAGAAGUUUUCGCUCCAUCACUCGAACAGCCAGUGGACCGCGAUGAAUCAACGGGAGUUUUGCGGGGUACUGGUUCAUCGUAGCUCUUACGGCUUCGGUCCCAAAUGGUUUUAACAGGUCAAUUAAAAAAACCCAUAAAACCCCACGUUAAAAGUUAAAAGUACUUUUUACAUCCUGUUAGGUGUGAAACCAGAAUUUAGUGAAUGAGUCGUCGAUGCGUACGUUAGCGUAUCGCUGACUGCUGCUGCCCGUCACAGUGCCUGAGGUAAAGAAUUCACUUCUAGUCCAACAAACCGGAGCUAUGAAUGUACGAACUUUUUACGCUCUCCUUCCCCUUUCUGUGUGGCGUUCCUCCCCUGUGAGCUCGGCAUCUCCCAUCCCUGCCCGCCUUUGCCUCGAGGGAUCGUAGAAGCUCCUCGGUUGGAAUUAGCCCGAGUGGCCACGUGUGUUGUAAGUGCUCAUGCCUUCCCUGUGUUCCCGUAGUGUUGGUGAGGAAAUCGGUCAUGAUUGGAAAGGGAUGUUUUCUUCACCGUUUUCAAGGGAAAAAAAGAUGCAAAAUUGCUUUCCUCAUUGCUGCCCAUUUUUUCAAAAACCCCUUUAUCUUUCGUUAAUGAAUUGGCCUUCCAAUGCCAUUAGUUUGUCGUAAAUAUCACCCAGGAAUCCAACAACUGCUGGCUACCGGGCCGGCCUGGGUUCUGGCACGCUGUUAUCCCGUAGGAUCCGCUAAUGCAUUUACUCCCCUGGCACGGGAUGCACCUUAGUAUCCGAACCCGGAUCGGGAUCUUCACGUUCGUUGCCGAUCGCUCGUGGGUAGACCAGCGGCCGUGGGUUUCCAUCGCAGUGGAAAACGGCGGCGUUGGCGGGUGUUGGGUUGGACGGAUAACGGCUUUCCGCGCGGUGGGAAGCAGAUGUCGGGUUGGAGGGUGGUAGGGAUGCACUCGGAGCGUAGCAAUGCAAGACUUGAACGGCGAGAUUCGGAAACGGGUUCCUUUGUAUUUUCAGCAGCGCGUCUUCAGCUUCCCAGAGCAGUGACCACGCGGGCUUCUGGUGCCCAGAAGGGCCCAGCGAGAUGCUCGGGAACACUGAAUCCCUGAUGUGUUUUAAAUGUUCGUUCCUGACGCCCUGAAACUGCCAUGUCCCUUAAACUUGAGAAAACACAAGCUUAUUUGCACUAGAAAGAACGGCCAAAAACAAUCCUUAGGAGGACAGGGUGAAGAGCACCGGUCUGAACCUCUUUUUCUCAUAAGAGAAUUUCCUAUUCAAGCCCUCACCUCUGUUUCAAAAUUGUAUGGUCCCGGCAGAAAGUCUGUCCGUUGAAUUAUUAAAUCCUAAUGCACUUUAUAUUGUGUAAAUAAUACUAGGAGCAGCACAUUUCUGCUCCCGCUCCGGUAAGGGGAUGCUUUGGUAACGUAGUCUAAUGCUGAGAGAAGCCGUCUCCUGCAUGCACGUGUCUGUUAGAGACCUGUUGAUCCUGCUUGGUCCAGCUCCGCUCGUACGUUAGAAGAGGACGGGCGCUGUGUCGAGGGUCCUCUCAUACCACCAAGGGUGGGAUGAUGAUUUGGUUUUUUAAAUUGCAGUCUGCAGAGCUGCUGAGCGUCCUCGCCUCCGCCACCGCAGCGGCUCCUCGCCCCUUCUGCAACCGCGGGCCCCCCGUGUUGCUGUUGAGGCUUAAAACCGAGCUUUAGCUUGACAAAGCCGAGUCCAGCAGCUGCCUCGUACCUGGCUUUCCCUGCUGCUGGUGCAAAAGGAGGGGUGGUCCCUGAAAAGCUUAUCCCGCAUGGAAGGGGCUGCGGGGGCUUCCCCUGCCUUGCGGCCGGGGCGAUGUUGUGUUGGGUCCGGCCCAUGGAGCCGGCUUUCCUGGCAAAGUGCAGAGCUAUGGAAGGGUUGGGGAAGCGUUUUGCACUGGCGUGGAGAGGGCGACCCGCCGGGCGCUGCGGGGGGAACGGCCAGACCCUCCCUGGUGGGCUCCUCGUGUGCAGCCUGGAUGGACGAUGGACUUUACCCAGCGAGAAGCUGCAGCGGUUAUUGGUAUCUACUCGUCGUCGUAAGUGUUUCUUAUCUGUAUCCGAUAUAUACCGAUUCAUAUCCACGUAUAGGCAUUAAUAUAUUUAUGUGAGUAUAUUGUAGCCUGUAGUAGCUCGUAGCGAAAUAAUCUUAUUUAUCUGAAGUGCAGUCUGAGGAGGGGACGUCUGCUCCCACCACCGGUCUGGAUAAACAAGUUAUUCCACCCAGAGCUGGGUGCGAGCCCUUGGCCGCGGCCCUCGUAAGAAUUCCGUAGGUUCCCGGCAAGGCUGCGAGGGAAAGCGUAGUUAAAAGAAGGCAAAGCUCUUCCUUGGAGGCGUCGUUGAGGCGAGGUGAGAGCUGUAAAGAGGCGGCUGCCGGCCACGUCGUGUCUCCAUGCCAUUUUACAACCCCUGGCUCUGCAAGUCUGUACUGCCAUGUUCAUAAAAUCCCGAGCAGAAGUAUUAAAAUCCCAUCCUUUAUACAAAAAAAGACCCCCCCAAGCGAUUACCAAAAUCAAUGUCAGCGCUUUUUUUUUUUUUUUUCCCCCAGCUACAGAUGUCCUAGUCUGAUAAUUGCAUCAUUUUUUUCCCCCUAUGGCCUAUUGAAGUGACCUACACUCCCAGGGAAGGGAGCUGGUGGUGGUUAGGAAGCCUUCUGCUCGUGUGACUUGCAGCCCUGUUUUCCAAUUCUAGUAAUUUUUAUGGUAGAAAGGAGUAUAUUACUGUGUAUUUUUAUUGGGUGGAUUUUGCACCGGGUCAAAAAUUACGUCGUAAGCGUUUUCAGUUCCAUGGCAUUCCCACUUUUGCUGUACAUGCACUAGAUAUAUGGCAUUUGUGAAAGAAUUCCUGAAGAAAAUUAGACCUUGGGUUUCAUUUUCUAUGCUGCUUACUCCGAAAUUAAGUUGCCCUUUAUUUUUAAUGACUUAACGUGUUGUGAUGUCUAAAAUUCACCUUUGCCCUCCUACCCCUCCGUUCCUUUCAAGUGAAGGUUGUGUUUGAAACGAAAAGUUCAUUCAGGAAGGAGCGGAAUUAAAGGCUACACCUACAUAAGCUGUGCCCAAGCGAGGCUGUCGCAUCACAGCCUUUGCCAAAAUGGAUUGUUUUUGCAAAAUGAUCUGGUCUUGCCUAAAAAUGGCCUGAUCCUGUCACGGCCACAGGAAACAAGCCCCGGCUAGGGAACAAGGUGCUUUUGGAUUUGGGGGAUUUGGAAGAAGCUAAAGCCAGGUCUUUUGCUGUUCCGUUUCUCCAAAACCUGCAGAAGCCUUCAUGGGCUGACAUCAAUUUUUCUUCCUAAUAUUUUGUCAGCCUGUGUUCAGUUCCCCACCUGCACCUCAAUAAAGGCAACAGUAUUCUAAAGCAUCAAGGUGAAGUAAAAUAUCAAGAACUCCUGAUAGAUGACAUGGAUUAAAAAUUGGUUUUCCAGAAAUGUCAAAGCAUAAAUUGAGGUUUUAUAAGCCGGAUGUCGUUUUGGCAUUUCUGUGAUGGAUGUAAUUAGAUCGCUCCUUCCCCAUGCGGAGGGAGGCAUCACGCGGAACCCGAACCUGCAGCCUCGGGGCUCUCUCGUGUGCACCAACUUCUGGAGAGGUGCAGGUGCCUGCUGGCUUCUCGUGUGUGGUGGAUGUGGCUGCCUUCCUACUGGCCUAGCCUCGAGGGGCCUGGCUGCCCCCCCUAUAAAACCAUCAUUAACGGCUUGCUAAUUCAUCUUCUUAAUUGCUAGGCUGCACAGAAACGCUUGGAGUGGCACAUGGAAAUUGCUAGCUCUGCACAGAGUCGAAACUUAAAAAGGCCUGUUCUGUCUUUCAGGGGUUUUAGACCCAUCCAACACACCAGUAUUAAACGGGGAGGGAUAGCGGCUCCUGCCUCGGAAGCGUUGGUUGGACACGCAGACAGUCGGACGGAUUUCUUGACCGCAGUGGGGGAAAUCCAUCCUGCAUGCGGGAGUUUGCAUCUGUUCUUCGUCGUGAUCAUUUGCCACGCAGAGAUUAAUUGGAGGCAAAGAUGGCCCUCGGUGGCGGCUGCUGGCAGCCAGAGAAAGCCGAGGCUUCGUGCCCGGCCCCGCUCGGCACCGCGCUGGCACAACAUCUGUGAAUUCGUGUGUGGGCACAAAUGAACGCAGAGGCGAGGGAGAGAGGAAUAUUAGAGAUAUAUAUGCACGGACAUAUCGCAAAUACUCGUUUUCCCCCCGUUUCCAAUAGGUCUUUCCCUUGGAGAUACUAAAACGCUAUCCAUCGUCUACUCUCUUUCCCGUAUCGGAGACGUUCGCCGUGCAAUAGGAGCGAGAUGGGUUUCACAAGCAAUAUCAACAUACUCUACUACUAACCUUAAAUCCUUACACUGCAAAGCGCGUGCAACAGAAUCUGCAUUUCAAAACAGCAGAGAGUAUGUGGGAUAAAAGACACGGGUUAACCCCAGGCUCUUACGAGUAUUCCCAUCUGGUCCUUGUUGGGAGCACAUGUUGUUGGCACAAUGCAGAGGGAGAGGGGGAGUAAGAGCAGAGAUAAGUGCUUCCCACCGAGGCAGAAGAACGAAAAGGCAGGAGGGGGUGGAGGGAAGUGAGGACAGGAUCCGUGCUCCAGGGAAUCACAGAGCAUGAUGAUGGUUUAAUCCAUAGUAGCAGGAAUGGGCGGCACUUUUGGCACCGGAGUCCCACAGAGCUGGGGUGGGAGACGCAGAGCCUGGAUCCUAAUGCUUUACUCAGGGACCAGGGUGGUUCUCUUGGGCUGCUUCUCUUUCCUCUUUGGGUUCAGUAACAUGCUCUGCAAGUGUCUAACAAAUGCACUGGGGCCAAGCUUGUCCGAUGCGUGGAGUUACUGCUUCCACAGCUCGCCCUUUGAGGCUCACGUGGCUUGGCUCUUGGGAGGCCCGUCCAGGAAUGCCUGCAGCAGCUUAGGGGAGCACUCAAGUGUUGGUGGCCUGUAAGGUUUGCUGAUGCCAUCCCAAUUUAUGGAUGCUUGCGUGUGUUUUUCACCACAGCCUUCCUCCGCACGCUACAUCAGCUGCCUCCCGCUCCAGGAACGAGCGAUGGAGUGCUGUGUGUAUCCAUGGGGCAGCUGCUCUUUUCCAUCGCUCAGGAAAAGGCUUGGUGAAGGCUGGAGGGGAUCAGAGGGGGAAAGAAAGUGGCUUUCAAGAAGCAAUCUCGUGCCUGCCUUGGCAAAGGGGUUUGUGUGGUUUCUAACAAGAUCCUGCGGAUGAUCUCCGCUUGUACUGCCUUCGCUUUCCUGGGCCUGCCACUCUGAGGUCUGAGGUGCAGCAGGGGUCGGUGUCAACAGCUGUGGAAAGCUGUGCUUUGAACCAGUGAAGUGCUGGAGUAAUUGCCUGGGAAAGCUGUCAGUGUGUGGAGCAGGGCUUCCUGAUAAUGGAGAUGGGAUCGCUUUGGCUUUAUCCUGCCUGUGCCUGUGUUCUCCACCACUAAAAGGGGGUGGACGAUACCUCCCUACCUCAAAGGCGUGUGAGAGUUCCUGCGAUGAUCUGAUGCUGAUCGAUGCCAAUGAUACCCGAAAGCGAGACAGGGAGAAAUUUGGGAUGAAAUGUAGUGUUUGGAAGGUGUCUUGACUCUAAACUGGAAUUUGCAAGUGCAAGGGUGCCUCUAAUGGUGCAUUUCAGGGCUGGGUACAGAGCAAAAAGCAUCCAUAUUUUUCCCAAGUUGAACAACCUGGAAGAAAUCUGCUCUUUGAAAUCUCUCAUGCUGGAUAUUCCCAGUUUCCCUCCCUAAGCUAUGUCACCCUACUUCCUCUCAGAUUCUUUUCCUGCUGUCCAGUCCACGUGUCCCUUGCUUCCAUCUAAUUCUAUUGCUCUUUGCCUUACAGGCUGUGCUCUCCAGAGGAGUUAUAUAAACAAUUUGGUUUCUUCCCUGCUGCGGCUCUUAGACAUAAUUAAAGGCUGUUGUCAGGUCUCUUCUGCAUCCUUUCCAAAGGAGAUACAAAACCUUCCACCAAGGGUAAUUUUUAGCCCUGGUCGUAUUCUCGUUGCUUUCUGAUUGGUUUGUUCAGUCACAAAUGUAAGGAAAGCACUGAGUGACAAUACAAGCUCCCUGUGCCAGCAUGUUUGGAAAUACAGGUUUUCCCUUAUGUUCCUCAAUCUCCCGGGAUUGUGUGUUGUCAUCACAUGAAGAGUCACAGAAAUAUUGGCAUGAACUUCUCCUCAGUAACAUUUUUAGAGAGUUUUGUGUGGAUCCAGCCAGAGAGGAGCCCCUCCUGUCCCACUCAACAUGAAUACAUGAUGUAGAUUCAUCCCAGCAGCAUCCAGAAGGGCGUUUAGGCAUAUGACCAACGCGUGUCGGGCAGCUAUUUCUUCCCUCCUCUUCCUAGGGAAAAGGCUGGAUGUGCCAAUGCAGCCCUGGUAUUUUUAACAUAAAUGAAUUAUCCCUGCUGUUCCGUGUUAAGGGGUGAGCUGGAGCACGUCAUGUGCUGGCAGCACGAGAGCAAACCUCAGGGCUCGCAGGGAGCCGAGCCUGGCGUUGGCGUCACUCCCACCGCUUCCCUUGGCAACUGGUGUUGAGCAGGAGCCCGUUUGUCUCUGGAAGUUCCCCCUGGACCUGUUGCUGUUUGGCAAAUUGUCAUUUUUGCUUUGGGCCUGGAGGAGGCUGCUGUGCUGCUGCCUGGCUGGGAAGUACCUGAUGUAAAAGGAGUCUCUCUCUCUCCUGGGAAGCUGGCAGGGGGAAUCUAAAGCCGGAGACCUUAGGCUUUGGGAGAGAGGUGACGGAGCAGUGCUCUGGAGGAAAUGCAGCUCAGCGUGCAGUCAACAGAUGUGUUUUCUCUUUGGGUUGUCUUCACGACAGCUGCUUGUUCUUUCCUUCUAGAUGUUUGAACAGUCCUGACAUCUCCAUAGGGCUGCAUAGAACAGGAAUUUGUGAGGGAACUGAGCUGCCUCCAAGGACAGUCUCUCUCCUGAGACUCCAAUGAACAUGGCAAAGUGUUUGAAAAGCGGAGCAUCGUGCUGGUGGCACUUUUUAGAAAGAGUUUUUCCCAGGUAGAUGUCACAACAGGGGUGAGCAGAGGUUACUGACAGCCAAGAACAGAGGGCAAGGGUUUGAUCUAGUUCUUGGCAGUAGGAUUUAUCCUAGAUUUGACAACUCAGUUAGUGUGCAUAUCCCUGUAGCAAGUGAUGAAGUUUUUCAAUUUAAGCAUUUCUAAUAAUCUCUCCCAUCCCGGUAAAAUCAGGGAAAGAGUUUUUUUGGCUGAAAUGUUCACCUGUAAGCUGAGAACAGGCGCCAUGUUUCACAAGGUGAACCAAACUUCAGUGCCUCUUACCUCAGAGCAUAUCCCAUAAGCUGGCAUUUUAUUUCUUUCUCCGUCUGGUUGCAAAACCUCAAGGUCACUAAAGCAGCACAGGCAGAAAGCCCUGUAGGGGUUUAUACGGCUGAGUGCGUAGGGACAUUCUCCUCUCGCUUUGCCGGCAGGGCCGGAUCCUGCUCGUGUUGUUCCUUUUCCCUGUUGGAUCACCAACAGUUCAUGUCUCGUGCAUGACCUGGCUUGAGGGCCCUAAACCUCUUUUUUUCUUAGAAGUUCAGCAUCUUUUUCCUAUGUUUUUUGUUAUGAAUCCCUCUGGAAAUGUUGUGCAAAGCCCGAAUGUGCCUUGGUUCCCUCCCUCACCGUGCGUUUGCUAACUGCUGCAGACGAUGUAGGACAAAAAGAUGUGGAGCUGGUUAUAUUUUCCCCAGACAGUCGUUUUGCUCUGUGUCUGUUUUGGUGUGUCUUGGCCUUAACCAUUCCAGGGAUCCUGUUCCUCAGCUCCCACGCGCUGUUGCAUGGGCGGUGGGGCUCUGGCAGGUGUUACCUCUAGGCUGGGGCAGAUGCUUGGGGUGAAGCUGCAGCAAAGCAGGAGUUUUUUAACCCUGCAGUCAGCCCUUCCCUCAGGGAUGGUUCCCAGGUGGAGUAGGGUUGUGUGGACCAGUUUCCUGGGGCAGAUUUGAUCCUGUGCUAGUGGCAGACUCCGCCGCUUCCUCCGAGCAGCCGGCGCGCACCAUCUCGCUUGUAGGCAAUGUCUGACAGCUUCCCCAGGGAUGAGCUUUGCUGCAUCUGCUGUGAGUGCUGCUCUGAGCUCAGGCUCUUCAUUCCCACCACAGCUCAGUGGCAUGCCUGGAUCCUUUGUUAUGUGUAACCUCAAUUUGGUUUCUUUGAGCAGUGCCAGGAUUUCAUUCUCCCCAGGACAUUUAAAUGGGGUGCAGAGUAAUUAGAGUCGCUUUUCUCUGCGUGUGUAAUUGCAAAUGCUUCCAAAUCAGUUUAGGAAUCGACCCAGGGGUUUGAUGUGGGUGAGUAAAUUCAGGCACGUGGGAUGAGCGUGCCCACAGCAGAGCGGGCAUGAAGAUGUGGAGAUAAGAGCUGUGCCUCUGCCAAGCUCCUGUCUACUCUCUUGCAGUCCUGUACUGACUCCGGUUGCUGCAGUGGGAGCCACCGGGACCAGCGACCACCAGAGCCUGCCCACGAGACCUGGGUCAAAGUGGCGGCAGACACCUGAGCUAGGCAAGGGACCGCCACCCACAGGUAUUGUGUAUCCCAUUAUAACUCAGAGGGAAGAUGUCCACACCUUUAUCCUGGAUAAACCACAGGAGCCCAACUCUUUCAUCCUUCCUUUUCUGCCUCUUGGACUUUCACCUCUCGCCUGCUGCAUUCCCUCUGGAUACAGGCAUGUCUGUCCUGGGAUCAGCGUGUGCCAGCACGCAGUGUGCACGUAAUCCUGCUGCAUCCCGGCCUCCAUCCGUAGCAGCAUUUAUUGCUGGUGUCAGCACAGUCAUCCCUCAGCGCUGCCAGGGGUAACCCUUGGAGCUAGCCACUGAUAAGUUCCUUCUGGCUGUCUUACUGAAAAAAAAAAAGAAAUAAAAAAGAGGAGGAGGGAGGUGCUGUAGUUGCCUGAUGAACAUUUUCAUGGAUGCUGCCAGCUUUUUACUGUGGGUUACCUUGGUGAAGGCAUAUUACAGAGACUUUUCUUUUAAAAAGAGCUUAAAACCGUCUGUUUGGCAGUGCUUUGUGUUUUGUGCUGAUCUGUGUGAAACCCCAAGAAAACCCCCAAUCCAGAGGUGGUGCCCACUUAACUCCUGCCUGUGGCAUCAAGCUGCAGUUUAGCCUGUUGCUUUUGACACCUCUCCCCCGCUCUUAGGAGGCACCUUCUAAAGCUGGGAUAACCUCCCUAAACCUCCUUCCUCAGGCUCUUCACAGAGGGAAGUUUGCCCUCUUCCUCCCCACUGCAGCCCUCGAGCUGUUGCAAUAGCCCUCUCUCCUUGUUCAAAACCACGCCGGCCUCUUCCUCUCAGCGAGGCUGAAGAUGCUGUGCAGAACAAAACAAGCAAGAGGCCACAAUAUGGGGAUUUUUCACUUGCCUCAGCCUAAAAACCAGCCUCCUCCAGGCUCUCAGUCUUCCAAGAGCUUCCCACCUUUCUAGCCAAGCGGUUUGUUUGCUAGAAGAAAAAUUGGUAGCUUUGUGCUAGCAAUAACUGAAGUCCCCUUUCACUAGCGCAGGCAUUUUCUCCUUUGAAUUCUGUUUGAAUGCAGAAACUAUUGUGAAAUGAGAGCGGUAAUAUCGGGAAAGGGGAAAGCAGAGUGUUCCUCUGGAUAGGGUUUGAUACAAUUUGAAGCUGCUUGUGGAAGAUUGGCUGGCAGGUAAACUGAUUUGGGCUAAAAAAGCAGGUGCUGGUAAAGUGUGUUAGUGACUCUUCAGCAGGUGGUCCAAAAUAGCUUUUUUAUGGUCUCUGACCUCUAGGAAAGAUAACCGGAUUUUUGAUCUUAGAUUGAAGGGACAAUUUCUGCUGGAAGAGACCUGUGUUCUUUAGAAACCAUCCCAGGCUGGCAUUUACUGUCAAAAACAUUUCAUGGAAGCGGACAGAAAACAAGUGAAAAAUCACACGUCUGAGUCAACCCCAGGCAAGCCUUGCAGGGCGCUGUCGCUGAGGUAGCCAACCAUCCAGAAUUCAGGAUAGAUCCCCGUUGCCACCCACCCUUCUGGUGGUCCCUGGCCACCAAAAUUCCCCAUGGACACCUGUGGAGGUGUGAUUAGUCAGGAGCUCCUGGUUUGGCAGCAUCCUGGGCUUGAUCAAUGGGCUGUAGAGGUGUCGUGGCCCCAAGGAAAAGCGUUCCACUCCAACAUUCCCGCGUUGUGUCGGAGCUGCGGCGCCGUACCAGGUGGUGGCUGCUGAGGUGGGUAUUGAGUUAGAGGGGUGCGUUUCCAGAGCAGUGCUUGGUCACCAGCUGUUGUCCAGGACGCCGUGGGUUUUUGGUACAGCAGUAAAAAAAAAAACAACAAACCUUUUCUCUUUGAAUUUCAAGUCAGGGGCCUGUUUUCUGCCAAGCUACCCCCCACCGUUUCAAAUGUAUUUUAUUCUCCUUUUCUUUCCACUGGUCCCGUUCCGCUCCGCUCAACAGCUGCCGCAUUUAAUCCCAGAAGCUGCAGUUGGUAGGGAGCAAAGUGAUCUCCAUAUAACCUCUCUCUUACUCAUAAGCGUGCAUUAUGAAGCUUAACCGAUGGUAAUAAAAUGUUUUGCUUUCAACAUGCUGUCCCUGUGGUCCAAUGUUCCCGUCUUCAGGCUCCAUCGUUACGGCGGGGCGAUGGAUCGGAGCUGUUCAGCUGCUCCCCAGGAACGUGCCUGGGAAUGCUGGAUGUAGGCCUCAUGGAUACCCAGCCAGGAGAGAUGGAGAAGGUGGAGCAGAGCCCUUUCCGUGGGUGGUGGCGUCCCCGGGUGGAAGCAGCUCUUGGAGGAAGAUCGUGUCUUGGCAGGCGAGGAAAGAGGCGCUGGGGGUCUUGCUUGGCCGAGACCCAAGUGCAGGUUUUCCCGUCUCCGUAAGAUUGUCUGGCAAUGCAAUCUGGUGUGAGAGCCUCUUCGGGGACCGCGGCGCUACGUAGGGGGAGCGGGAACAGAUUGCAGUCCUGCUGCUUGGUCGGGUUUUCUUCAUCCCUUUCACAACCACUCUGCGGGUUCAUGGCUUUAUUUGGCUUCUUGUGUUUCCUGCCUGCUAAAAAAGGGCAUUUUCAUGCCACCCUGCACGAUGGAUGUUUCCGUCCAGGCGGGAAAAAGGAUGUUUCUCAUCCACAUUUAAGUAACCAUACAAAAUGUGGAAAGUCUGCUUUAGGAAUUUCAUUUUUGUUUACACGCCAUUGAUGCUUUUAUUAAAAGCAUCUUUUCACAUAUAAAUAAUUUAGAGGUCAUAUGAUUUUCCUGCUCUAAACCCAAAGCAGGGAUUUCAAAGCAGGGAUCUCCAAGCAUCAUUUCUGUGUCACGGUGGGUUGCAUCAGCCCUAGAGCUGUAUUUUUGUUGAACAGGACGGGGUUUUUCCAUAGCUGAGGUUUACAGCGUUUGGUUUCAAAGAGGAAUUUCCCAGACAGAGCCCCCCAGAAGGUAUCAGAAUACAUGGCUUUGUCAGGCAACGAUAGCAGCUUUUUUCUGGAGAUUGCCAUUUUGUAAAUAAGCUUCUUCUCGAGCAGCAGCACGGCUACAGCUAGGAAAGAUGGAUGAUUAUUUCUUCCCAGAAUGGGUCUUCCGCUGCAGGAUCUGGUUUUUAUUGCGAUAAUUAGCAUAGAAUUAAAAAUGGCCCCGCAUCUUCAGCUUGCACUGUGCUGCCUCUGGUACCGAGCAGUCUGGGAUGGUGUUUUCCUUGGAAAUAGGCUGUGUCUGGGAAUCACUCGAUUCACCACUGAAAACCAGUGCACGGAUAUCUGCAGCCUCCAAUGCAGCAAAAGCCUCCGCCUCCAAUUACUGCCCCUAAUAAACUUUCCAAAUCAGUUGUUUUUUGGAGACUGGAAAAGUUGCUGAGGAUAUUGAGGUGAAAAUUUAAUGCGGCGGCCGGAGCGGGAUUUUAAAAAUGCCUUUAAAUUCUGGAGCUCGGGUUAAAGGUGAGGUCACGGGCAAGCAGACAGCUUUUUCUCUUAAAAAACCUGUAAUAGCUUUUCUUUUUAAAAAUUUAACAGGAUUGCCAGCCCAGGUGGAGGGACAAUUAUUUAGGAUUGUCACACAUGGACGACAGUGUAUCCGUAGGAGAAGCGAAUGCGGCACGACGCGUAAACUUCCUUGUGAGAGCCGUGCAGGAAAUUACUGUGCAAUUGGACGCGGUGUCCUAGCAUUAGAUUUAUUAUCCACUUCCAAAUCAUCUGCCAAAAAUCCUUUCAAUCGGAAGGCAGGAAAGAACAUGUUAUAAAAAGACCUGGGAAAGGAUUCGUUUUGGCACGGGCGUUUUCAGGCUGGUAAUUGUCCAUGCCUGCAGUGUUUGGGUUUGGUCUCAGCACCGAGGUCAACGCUACUUAAACCAAGCGUGAUCCCCGUGCCAGGGUAUGGCACGGGGUGAGAUGUGCCAGCCUUGCAGGAUCAGGCUUGAAUACAACCCUGAAUGAUUCUUCCUUGCCCUGAGUCUCUUGCUCAGCAAUUGCUUUUAAUCCUGCAAGAUUAGGGGAAAGCCGUGCUGUGCAAGCUGGUACACUUUUCCCCCUUGGGGGACUUGUUCCUUGCUGGGUGGCAGGGUCACGGCCGCAUCCACGUGCGUGUGUGCAUUCCUCAGACUGGAUAUAUCUGUAUUUGUCAUUCCUGAAGUUUCUUUUCUCGAUGGUGGACUGAGAUGGUCGCGUUUCCCCGCCACGUACCUCGUUGCCCUCCUCACUGCGGGGCACUGCCUGUAUCCCACUGCACUUCUCCAGCUCCCACGUCCUUUCCAGGCUCCUUUCUUUCCAGCUGGAUGCCUGCAAAGGUGGAUCUACAUCCCUAUCACCUGUAUGCACAACCUUGCUUUUUGCAUGUUAAAUCCAUGGCAGUAAUGGAAAUAAGUGACCUGAGUUUGUAGCUCUGUUUUUACUCCUGGGAUAUUAGUGCUGGAAAGCCAUCUCCCUUGUGCUUGGUCUCUGAUGAGAAACAUGUCUGCAGCUGUACCUGCAGCAUCCCCAGCAUAUCCUGCCAGCUCCAGCAAGUCAAUACUUUUGACUUGAAAAGAUCUUUCUCCAUAAAAAGGAUCCACACCCACCUUGGGCACACCAGAUGUUGCCUUGUGAAACACUUGGUGGCAAUGCAUGCAGGGCCUGGUGAACCAGUUUGCUGUUCUGUGACCUUUUUUUGGGGUGCCUGCUGAAACACAGUGACAACUGGAGGUUCUGCUUUCCCCCCUUCUCAUUCGUCACUUUUCUUUUGGGAGAAAACACCCUAUUUUUGCCACUGCUGAGCUGCCAAGGGAAGGGGGCAGGAGGGCACUGCUGGAACACGUCCCUGCUUUCAAGAGCCGCUUCCAGCCCAGGGUGAGGACUGGGACCAGCACAGUCCUUGGCAGGGAGAUUUCCUGCACUCUCUUUCCAGUGAGAUUUCCUGCACCCUGUUCCCAGCAAGCGGAGCCAUUGCUUUUCUAGCACGAGUGUAAAGGUAGGGCUGGGUGAUGGAGCAGUUGGUGGGA